AUUUUCAAUGAGUCGUAUGAGGACGGAAGUUGACUCAAUAUGAAUUGGGUAAGAACAUUCCCGACGAAAUUGGGUUAUAUGUGGUAUCUUAUGAACCCUUAUGACCAUCUAUUUGAAAAUGUGGAUUCUGUGCCGGAUUACUAUAAGGAGGUGACACCUGCUUUUAUAUUUGUUAUUAUCUUAGAGCAAUGUAUCCGUUUAUUGCAAGGGAGAAAAAUAAUGCGACUGAACGAUUCAGUAGCGAAUAUCUGCCAAGGAAUGCUGGUGGAAUUAUUUAAAAUCCCCUUGUAUGGAAUUGAACUUAUUGUAUAUACCUGGAUUUACAACAACUGGCGCUUUUGUACUUUGCCUUGGGAUUCCAUUUGGACUUGGAUACUGUGCCUCAUAUGUACUGACUUCGGUUUCUAUUGGAUGCACAGAGCAACGCACCAAAUAAGCAUAUUGUGGCUGUUCCAUGAACCACACCACAGCUCUGAAGACUACAAUAUGACAACACCAUUGCGCUUGAGUAUUUUUACAAGUUCUACACUUUGGCUAACGUAUUUACCAAUGGCGUUUGCUGUUCCACCGUCUACUUUCCUGGUGCAUUAUCAGCUAAACGUGAUAUUUCAGUAUUGGCUUCAUACUGAUCUGGUUAAAACUCUUGGUAUUAUUGAAUAUGUAUUCGUUACGCCAAGUCACCAUAGGGUACACCAUGGUCGCAACAGAAGAUGCAUUGAUAAAAACUUUGGUAGCGUUUUCAUCCUUUGGGAUCGAAUGUUUGGGACAUUUGAAUUGGAAAAAGACGAAAAAAUUAUUUAUGGAGUUACUCAACCUCUGAAAACUUUCAACCCGAUCCACAUACAGACAAACCAUUUGCAAACGAUAUGGAAGAAGUUUAACACAGUGGAUGGUUUCAAGAACAAACUAUUUGCCAUAAUCAAAGGUCCUGGAUGGAGUCCUGGGAAACCUUGGCUAGGUACAAUAGAAGAUAUUCCUGAACCUAAAGAUGAAGAUUUAAUAUAUGACCCACGUAUACCUAGGUGGCUGGAGUUAUACAUUAUAUUGCAUAUGGCUGCACUGGUGAUUGGCUAUUUGCAACUGAUUUUGAGUCUUAAAAUCUUAUCUACAUUUCUUAUUACUGCUUCUGGUCUUUAUAUCAUUUUCACAACAGUAGCAAUUGGUUGUUUGUUGGAUCUCAGCAUUUGGGGCCCUGUACUCGAGCUUCUGAGGUGUGUCCUGUAUUUCAUGGUUGAUGCGCUGGUGCGAAAAGAGUUAUCAAGCUUAUCAGUGCUUCUCAACAUCUCACUCCACAGUUUCCGAAUUUUGUCGCUCUUUUCUUUAAUGUUUUGGAUAUUUGCUUCUCCUUUUACUGUUUUCAUAAGCCAAAAACAACAUGGAUGAAUUAAAACAUAUUCAACGAUGUAUUCUUUCACAAACUAUUUCAUAGCAAUAUUCUUUCAU